AUGGUCGCCAAACUCUUUUGGCCAGAAGAGGCACGCUUGAGCGAGCCUGAGAUACUCGCGAAAGUGCAGGCGAUCGCUGAACGUGACUCGUGGGUGAAGGGCCAUGUCCCAGACAUGGUCUGGUUCCAUAGGUUUGAUGAGACAUCCACGGCCCGCAUCAGAAAGGCAUUAGGAAUGGAUCACAAUACGCAGGGCAGCCGAGUCUUUUACAUCAUCGUAUUCAGGAAGCUUCAGCCGAUCACAGACCUAAGUGGGCCUGAGUUUCGCGAUGCAUGGUGGCAAAUCAUUAAUUGUAGCUAUUGUCUAUUAACUGUGACUCUAGGUCAUCGUAUACUCUGGGAAGGUGGUGUCUAUCACCGUGAUAUCAGCCCCAGCAAUCUCAUGUACUAUCGGCUCUUAUGCGGUCGUGUGAUAGGCGUCCUCAACGACUAUGAUUUAUCAUCCAUUCAAGAUGAUUGUGCCAGAGGCAAUGAGCGCACAGGAACGGUACCUUUCAUGGCGAUCGAGCUGCUCACAGUAUCGGCCAUCGACGGCGCAGUUGAGCACGUGUACCGGCAUGAUGCUGAAUCAUUCAUCUGGGUUUUCGUCUGGGUCUGUCUUCGGUAUAAGGAUGGCAAACUCCGCCGUAAGCCCAGAGGCCGCCUCGACCAGUGGCUCAAAGCAGAUGCGCCUACAUGCUGCGCGCUCAAGAGCCACUUUUUGCUAAUGGUACGUCAUGAAUCUAGGACACGACCGUCGUGA